UUAGUUUCAAUUAAACUGUAAGGUACAUAGUCUCUUCCCUCCAAAAAUAUCCGAUGAACCAAAAAAAGAAAAGAGAGUAACAAUCAAGUUUUAAGGAUAUGAAACCAAUCAUUCAUUUGUGGAUCACGUUAAAUAUUUUCUUUCUUCAAUUUCUUGUUUGCCGAACAAGAAAUUGUUAUGGCUGUCAGUUAGACCCUCCAACCGCUACCUCUGUCAAAGAUUCAUCUUCUUGUUACAUAUAAAGUUGAAAAGAAUUGCAUACUCUCUCUACGCUUCUUUGGAAAAUUUCCAAUUCUGACUGCUAAAUUUAGCAAAUUAAUCAGCUAUGUUAUAAAACAAACUCAUUAUCAACUAACCAUGCAUUUAAAUCCCUUUUUCUCAUCCCUAUAAAAUAUCACCCAAAAAAAGAAAAUUGCAAGAAUUUUCAUUUUAAUUCUUUUAAUUUGCUUUUUCAUUGUUUCUUGCAGAAAUUUAGUUAUCAUCAUUUUCCAUUCCUAUCAAGCUUGAAACAUGACGCGAGCCUGCAAUUUGCAGUUAUGGAGUUAUUGUUGUAUUAUUAUGGUUUGGUUGGUGUUCUCGUUCAAUAUUAUGCAAGCGUUUUCGUCUAUUGUUCCAGGUCUAGGUGUAAACUGGGGAAAUAUAGCAUCACAUCCAUUGAAUCCUAACAUAGUGGUUCAAAUGUUAAAGGAUAAUGGGAUCAAAAGGGUUAAGCUUUUUGAUUUUGAUUCUUGGACCUUAAAUUGCUUGGCUGGUUCAGGGAUUGAAGUUAUGGUUGCUAUUCCUAAUAAAUUAUUGGAAGAUAUGGCUACUAGUUAUGAUCAUGCUAAAGAUUGGGUCAAAGAUAAUGUUGCUGAGUAUUUAAAAGAUAAAGGAGGUGUUGAUAUCAGAUAUGUAGCUGUUGGUAAUGAACCGUUCUUGAAGGCCUAUGAUGGUGAGUAUCUUAAAACAACAUUCCCAGCUUUAAAAAACAUACAAAAAGCUCUUAAUGAACACAAACUUGGAGACAAGAUCAAAGCCACCAUACCAUUUAACGCAGAUGUUUACGAUGGAAACAAACCAUCAGAGGGUAAUUUUCGUAGUGAUGUGAGAGAUGUUAUGCAAAAAAUUGUCAAAUUUCUCCAUCAACAUAAAGCUCCAUUUGUUGUCAAUAUUUACCCUUUCAUUAGCGUUUAUCAAUCCUCAGGCUUCCCUCUAGAUUACGCAUUCUUCGAAGGCAGUAGCAGAAAAGUAAGCGACAAAAACGUCAGUUACAGUAAUGUUUUUGAUGCAAAUUAUGACACUCUUGUCUGGUCAUUAGAAAAAGCUGGAGUUCCUAAUUUAGAAAUUUUAGUUGGUGAAAUUGGUUGGCCAACAGACGGUAGCCCGUAUGCAAACACUCAGUAUGCUGGAAGAUUUUAUGAUGGUUUAUUAAGAAGAUUAGCUUCCAAGAAAGGAACCCCAUUAAGGCCGGGUAUAAUAAUUGUAUAUCUUUUUGGUUUACUUGAUGAAGACAUGAAAAGUAUUGAACCAGGCAAUUUUGAAAGGCACUGGGGUAUUUAUCGCUACGACGGGCAACCGAAAUUCCCCAUAGAUUUAUCAGGACAAGGUAAGAAUAAAAUGUUAGUUGCAGCAAAAGGAGUGCAAUACUUGCCUAAACAAUGGUGUGUUUUAAGUGAAGAUGUUAUUGAUGCUAAUAAUAACUUGAUACCGGCUGGGUUAACUUAUGCUUGCUCUAGAUCAGAUUGUACAAGCUUAACUUAUGGAUCUUCUUGUGGAAGCAUGCAGCUUAGGUCUAAUGUUUCUUAUGCUUUUAAUAUGUAUUUUCAAAUGAACGAUCAAGAUGUGGCUGCUUGUGAUUUUAAUGGGUUAGGUACUAUUGUUACUCGUAAUGCCUCUCAAGGCACUUGUCUUUUCCCUAUUCAAAUUGUUAGUGAAGGAGAGAGGGUUAAGUUGUUGCAUGGAGGCAGCAUUUCUUUUCUAGGAUUAUUUUUAUUGUCCUUUUUUAUAUUAUUGUAAUAUGGAUAAGAAUUAUUCUUUAUAAUAAUGAACUACUUUUCUUUUCUUUU